AGAUGCUACGAUCUAGAUCUCUCUAGAGAAAGAACAAGAAAGCUCUAUCUGGUCAUUAGCUUAAGUAUAUUGUUUAAUCUUGUGCUGUGAGUAUGAGUGUCCCGCUGUCUGCUGCUGUUACUCUAGGACUGCUGUUCUUCCUGUCUGUGGGACUGAACGAGCAGGUGGCCGAGGGCUGUACUUGUGUCCAAAGACACCCUCAAAGGGUGUUCUGCGAGUCUGAUAUUGUGAUUCGAGCGAAGAUCCUUGGAAGUGUGGCCAGCACUCGCCCCAACUUACUUGCAUACAGUAUCAAAGUUAUCACGACUUUCAAGCCUUCCAACAAAAAGGAUACUCGGGUCAUCUACUCAAGCAAAACAUCAUGUGGCGCUCGUCCGGAAAACGGGGAAUAUCUGCUGUCAGGACAUGUUGUGGAUGGAGUGAUGGUUUUUGGUUUAUGUGAGCUUGUGUGGCGUUGGGACCAACUCUCCGUUCAAAAGAGGAACCUCAACAUGUAUCAGAGUGGCUGUGUCUGUGAGAUUACAUCCUGUACUGAAGCGUCCUGUUUGACCAAGAAUCUUCAAAGAAAGUGUCUGGUAGGAGUCAAGAACUCCAUCGGUCUUGGUUAUGAAGAGGCUCUUCGGGCUGUUUGCCUGCCAGGCAGACACGGCUCCUGCAGAUGGCAAAAAUGAUUUAAAAGUGACCACAAAUGCUCCUAAAAAUGAUGCUCUGAAGACCAAGUGCAUCGGCCAGUUUG